UAGGCACAACGAGCUCCAAAAAUAAGCGAUUUGUUUACAUUUAUGACGUGAUUCCCCUCAAAACAAUCGAAAGUAAAAUGAAUUAUGCAACAAUGCAGCAACCGAAUCACUCAAUGCCAGAGGGAGAAUUCAACUACUAUUAUUUGAGAAAAUUAGACUUUCCACAUUGUGCAAAAGAAGCACUGAUUGCAAUAGCAAAAAUGCCGAGAGCCGCCAAUUCAACAGCCUACAGACAAAUUCAGCUCCAGACGGAAUUAAUAAAUGAAUUUGUUUUCGGAGAAAUUGAAAAGUUGAAGCAGCAGAAGAAGACUCGAGCCCUCCAGGAAUUUCAGUUGAUCGAAGUCUUGAGUGAAUUCUUCAGAAAUCCCGAUCACAGUCCAGCUGUGAGGAAUGCGAUAUUCCUCCUCUUGUUCCCAGCGGAAUAUCCGAGAUACGAGAUUCUGGGCAAUUUGGUGUCCAUGGCGAUUGCCACGCAGAACAGAGAGGUGUUGGACUCGUCGGGGAUGUGGAUUCAACAGCUCGGGUCGACUUCAAUUCAGAGUGUUGACUUGGCAAAGCAUAUUCUCGAUGAUUACUUCGUUUACACUCCGAAUUCCAUUGAUAAAUUGAAUAAACUGCCGGUUCUGGUGCCUCACUUCACUGCCAAUCUGCUCACGGCUAUUGGAGAAGUCUAUAGACUCGAGGAUCCGCCCAAUAAAUUAUUGAAACUCGCUGGGGACUGGAUUGAUGAUAAUCCAGGACUACUGGCGACUCCUUUGAUGGACAAUCCAGCGUUGCCUCUGGGAGGCAUUCCCAUGACCCCAAUCACACCCAUCGCAGGACUUUUCAGGUGGUGCAUAUUAAGUCCAGCUCGAUCAAAACCGGAAAAUGUAGAAAAUACAAUCAUAGAAGAGCGUAAUCAAUUUUAUUCAAAGAUCCAACAACUUCUGAUGGACGCAGUUCUAAGAUUAAAAAACAGUGGAAGCAAUAAACACGCAAUUUCCGCUCAACAUCUGGCGCAAACCACUAGAGCUUUAGCAACAUUAUUAGAGGAGCCUGAAACCACUGAAAACAAACCCCGGAGAGAUCUGGCGAUGGAGAGAUUGGCUCAGGCCGUCAGUACUGCAAUGUCUGCUAAUUGUAUUUACGGAAAUAAACAGGAAUUAUUGGCUCUCCUACAACCCCUCGCAUGCAGACAUUUCCUCAUUGAAUGGACAUUAAUAACGUAUGGCAGUAAAGGAGCUGUAGUUUAACAAAAUUUAAUCUAUUUUUUACAAAUAAAAAGUUUAUAUGAUUCAUCCAAA